CAACCUAUUGGCUCUACUGAUGAACAACCUAAUGGCUCUACUGGUGAACAACCUAGUGGCUCUACUGGUAAACAACCUAUUGGCUCUACUGGUAAACAACCUAUUGGCUCUGCUGAUGAACAACCUAAUGGCUGUACUGGUGAACAACCUAUUGGCUCUACUGAUGAACAACCUAUUGGCUCUAGUGCCGGGAAACAACUUCCAAAUGAAGAUGUUGACCAUGGGCCUACCGUUAUGAAUUUUAGGAAUCAGGUGAAUGCAAAAUUAGAGGUGCUCAAAACAAAGAAAAAGUUGCUAGAGGACAAAAGACGUAAAACAAAAGAGGAAGAGAAGGCAAUGUGGUCUUCAUACUUUACUGAACGAGAAGAGAAAGAGGUUCCUAGAAUGAUGCAAGAAAAUGAAUGGAAGAUUGAAAUGCACAUGAAACUAGAUGAGUUGAAAAGGAUGUCAGAAAAAUAGAGCUAACCAGAAAAUGUUAAA